ACCCUAAUAAUAUCAUGCUAACAAUUUGUGUUGGAUGGUGGCCUUUCAAGAUGCCUCAGUUACGUUAUACCGGCAAUAUGGCCAUGUUUGGUAACCGUAGCAGGCGAGAAGGAUCACAUAAGAAGCUGGACCGGUUUAUUCGUUUCCUUCACCUCUCUUUCCUUCCUUCUCAUGCUCCUCCUCCUCCUCCUCCAUCGAAGAUGAGACGACAAUUGGGACAAGCUCACUCUCCGGCCGCCCUCCUUGCAGCCCUCUUCUGCCUCCGUAUCCUCCCCGCCCUCGCGGCCGCCGCUGACUUGGGCAACCUCGAACCACCAAGUGCACCGACCCUAGAACCACUCCUCGCAGUGACGGAGCGAAGCGGGAGGGUCGUGACGGUGAGGAAGGACGGCACCGGAGACUUCCGAACGAUCACGGACGCCGUCAAAAGCAUCCCAUCCGGCAACACCGCCCGCACCGUCAUCAAGAUCGGCCCGGGGGUCUACCGGGAGAAGAUCCUCGUCGACCGGUCCAGGCCGUACGUCACGUUCUACGGCCAACCCGGUGCGAUGCCGACGAUAUCGUUCGACGGCACGGCUGCGAGGUACGGGACGGCGAACAGCGCCACCGUCGCCGUGGAGUCCAGCUACUUCGUCGCGAGCAACGUGAUCUUCGAGAACACGGCACCGAUGCCAAGCGACGGAGUGCAGGGAGCUCAAGCGGUGGCGAUGAGGAUAUCGGGGGACAUGGCAGCCUUCUACAACUGCAAGUUCUACGGAUACCAAGACACGCUUUGCGAUGACACCGGCAGGCAUUUCUUCAAGAACUGCUUCAUUAGGGGAACAGUCGACUUCAUCUUUGGCAAUGGCAGAUCCAUCUACCAGGUUCUAUACUCCCUUCUGCUUCCUCUCUGUUGCACACUUAAUGGCUGA